AUGGGCAGUGACAAAUCCUUGGAAAACGUUGCCACUGGCGGCAAAGGCGACUUCGAUGUAACAGGAAGCGCCAGUAACAGCGAGGCUGACACCCACCAGUCUGGAACCAAAGCGAAGGGGGGCCAAACCUUUUUAACAACAGGCCUUUCAAAAGACCACUAUCGGCCCGUGGAGACGUACGAGGGCAUUCAUCGGUAUGAUCCGGAUUUCGAAUGGGACCAGGCGGAGGAAAAACGAGUUGUACGGAAGAUUGACAAGCGUAUCUGCACUUGGGUAUGCCUGAUGUUCUUUGCUCUUCAGCUCGAUCGUGGAAACAUAUCUCAAGCUCUUAGCGACAACAUGCUCAAGGACCUCGGCUUAAACACCAACGAUUACAACUAUGGCCAGACCAUCUUCUAUGUCUGCUUCUUGGCCGCUGAACUUCCAUCGCAGCUCAUCAGUAAAAAGCUUGGUCCUGAUAAUUGGAUUCCGAUACAGAUGGUAUCGUGGAGCCUGGUUGCCAGCUUUCAGGCUUUUCUGAGUGGUCGCAGCUCUUUCUUUGCGUGUCGCGCACUGCUGGGCUUAAUUGAAGGAGGUUUUAUCCCUGAUAACAUCCUUUACCUCAGCUAUUUCUAUACAGGGUGGGAGUUGCCCGGCCGAUUGAGCUGGUUCUGGGUGAGCUACCAGUCGACGCAGAUUGUGUCUGCUUUCUUCGCAUUUGGCAUAUUGCGUCUCCGUGAACACAACGGCAUGGAGGGGUGGCGUUGGCUAUUCGCUUUGGAGGGGCUUUUAACAGGACUCAUCGGCAUCUGCUCGUGGUUUUAUCUGCCUCCAAGCCCCACGCAGACGGCGAGCAAGGCCUGGAACCCCUUUCGUGGCAAGGAUGGAUGGUUCAAUGAGAGGGAAGAGAAGAUCAUGGUCAACCGAAUAUUGAGGGAUGAUCCGAGCAAGGGCGACAUGCACAACCGCCAGGGCUUGAGUAUCCGGAUGCUUUGGGAGUGCCUUAAGGACUAUCAUAUGUGGCCCAUCUACGCAAUCGGCUUGACUUGGUUGAUCCCUACCACUCCUUCCACUUCAUAUCUCACUCUCAAUCUUCGGUCGCUUGGAUUCGGCACGUUCGAGACCAACCUGCUCACGAUUCCUGCCUACGUUCUUUUCAUCAUCCAGCUACUCUUUUGGACUUGGUUGUCUGAACACUUCAACGAACGCUUUCUCAUAGGCCUUCUCUCGCAAGUUUAUGCACUGCCGCUUCUCAUCGCCCUCGAGGUAUUACCUGCAAAAGUGUCUCCCUGGGUGCGAUGGACAUUGUCUACUCUGCUGGUCGGCCACCCGUAUGUCCACGCCAUCCUUGUCGCCAUCACAUCGCGCAAUGCUGGCACGGUACGCACGAGAACAGUCGCCUCAGCUAUGUACAACAUGUGUGUUCAAGCCAGCAGUAUCAUUAGCCAGAACAUAUACCGCGACGAUGAUAAGCCGCUGUAUCGGAGAGGCAACAAGGUUUUAAUAGGCAUUUCCGCCUUGACCUUCGUGGUAUUUGCGGGUGCAAAGCUGUAUUACGUGCUCAUAAACAAGAAAAGAGAACAGGUUUGGAAUAGCAUGACAAAAGAGGAAAAGGAAGUGUACUUGGAAACUACAAAAGAUGAAGGAAACAAGCGGCUUGACUUUCGCUUCGCGCACUGA